ACUUUUUAUUAUAUUAAUUAAUAAUUAAUUUAAUCAUAACGAUUUUCAACCAACAAGUCUUUUUGAGAGUCCAGAAAUCUUUGGGGACGUGGCAAACAAGACAAAACUAGAAAAACGAGGGAGGAGCGCCAAUACGUCUCUGCCACUCUGCUGACUUGUAAUUCCAAGCGAUCAUGUCAAACGGCGUCGUACUCAACCUCCACUUCGCCGCCACUCCUCCUCCUUCUCAGGGGAAGGAGAAGGAGAUAAGGGAGACACUCUUGCUGGCUUACAGGACCCUGGGAGUCGUCUUUGGAGGCCUCGUGACGUCACCGCUUUAUGUUUAUCCUUCAAUGCCGUUGAACUCUCCAACCGAAGAUGACUAUCUCGGCAUAUACAGCAUCAUGUUCUGGACUCUCACUCUCAUUGCGCUUGUCAAGUACGCCACCAUAGCCAUCCAUGCUGAUGAUCACGGUGAAGGUGGAACUUUUGCCUUGUAUUCUUUACUUUGCAGACGAUUGAAUAUUGGAAUCCUUCCAUCUAAUCAGGUAUAUUCUAAUUCAAGUACUUAUUCACGCAUAGAAAGGGGUGUUGAAGCACAAACUUGGCUUGCCAAAUUGUUUGAGAGAAGCAUAGUUGCUCGACGACUUUUGCUCUUUCUUGCUAUGCUAGGAACUUGCAUGAUUAUCGGUGAUGGCAUACUUACGCCUGCAAUUUCAGUGUUAUCAGCAAUGGAUGGACUAAGAGCACCUUUUCCCUCAGUAAGCAAAUCACUUGUGGAAGCACUCUCUGCAAUUGUCUUGGUUGUUUUGUUUUUAUUGCAAAAAUUUGGCACAUCACGCGUGAGUUUCCUCUUUUCCCCAAUAAUGGGUGCAUGGACCUUUUGUACCCCACUUGUAGGAAUUUACAGCAUCAUACACCAUUAUCCUAGUAUUUUCAAGGCUAUAUCUCCUCACUAUAUUUUCCAUUUCUUUUGGAGAAAUGGAAAAGCUGGCUGGCUUUUACUUGGUGGUACUGUCCUCUGCAUUACAGGUUCUGAGGCAAUGUUUGCUGAUCUUGGUCAUUUCAAUCAGAGGUCUAUUCAGAUAGCUUUUCUAUUCACAAUCUACCCAUCUUUAGUUCUCACUUAUGCGGGACAGACAGCAUACUUGAUCAAGAAUCCCAAUGACCAUGAUGAUGGAUUCUACAAAUUUAUACCAACUUCAGUGUACUGGCCUAUUUUUAUUAUUUCUACAUCAGCUGCAGUUGUUGCUAGCCAGUCAUUAAUCUCAGCUACAUUUUCCAUCAUCAAGCAAUCUGUGGUACUGGAUUAUUUUCCUCGAGUAAAGGUUGUACACACAUCUCACAGUAAAGAAGGAGAGGUAUACUCUCCUGAAGUGAACUACAUCCUGAUGGUCCUUUGUGUUGCUGUAAUACUCAUUUUUGGAGAUGGAAAAGAUAUUGGAAAUGCUUUUGGUGUCGUUGUGAGCCUAGUAAUGCUUAUCACCACUAUAUUACUUACAUUAGUCAUGAUCAUGAUAUGGAGAACCCCAGUUGUGCUGGUUACCCUUUACUUUGUUGUGUUUUUCAUCAUGGAAGGGGUUUACGUCAGUGCCGUUUUCACUAAAUUUUCUGAAGGUGGAUGGAUUCCUUUUGCCAUAUCAUUUGUCCUUGCAUUCAUCAUGUUCGGUUGGUUUUAUGGUAGACAAAGAAAAAUCGAGUAUGAGAUAACCCAGAAGAUAAGCUUUCAUAGACUUGAAGAACUUUUAGCUGACCCUAGUGUUCAAAGGGUUCCUGGAAUAUGCUUCUUUUAUUCUAACAUUCAAGAUGGGUUGACUCCUAUUCUUGGCCAUUACAUUAAGAACAUGAAAUCCCUUCAUAAGGUCACCAUAUUCACAACUCUCAGAUAUUUAUUAGUCCCCAAGGUUGAUCCACAUGAGAGGAUUGUAAUCAAGAAAUCAAAUCUUGAAGGGGUGUAUGGUUGUGUAAUCCAAUAUGGCUAUGCAGAUGCUCUACAUUUUGAAGAUGACUUUGUAAGUCAAGUUAUUGGUAGUUUGAUACUACAUAUAAAGAACUGCUCUGGUAAUGCUGAACCUGAUUCUCAAGAGAUUGAGCAAGAAGUUUCCAGUUUAGAAGAAGCAAGAUGUGCCGGGGUUGUUCAUGUUCGCGGAAAGACUAGAUUCUACAUUGGCCUGAACUGUGGCUGGUUUGAUAAAAUCAUGCUUGGUUUCUAUGAAUUCAUGCACAGCAACUGUAGAUCCGGUUUGCCUGCGCUUCGGGUUCCAUUACAGCAAAGGAUUGAAGUUGGAAUGCUAUACGAGGCUUGAAGGGUUAAAAUAUAUUGAAGCAGUUAUUCAGUAGCUUCACUUGCUCAUACAUAACAUAAACAGGGCAAAAGAUACCUGAAUUGGAUUAAUAUGUACGUCACUCAAAAUUACCCAUGUACUUGUAUUUCUUCUUUUCAAAACCAUUAACUUAGUAUGUUGAUUUUUGCUUCCUUGGUACCUAAAAGUCUAUUGAAGCUCAACUAAUCUAUACAAAAGUAACUGAACCUGAACUAA